UGGAGUGGGCGUGGUGCCGACCCCUUGUAAUCUCUUGUACAUAUAUUUCUACCUUCUAUAAAGCUAAGGUACGCCAUUGGCGUACUCUCGAAAAAAAAUUGUGCACGGGUACUAUGGUGCCCAUUAAAAAAACAUUUUCUACAACCCUUAAAAAAUAAGUUUUUUUAUAAACGCACACAUGUGUGCUAUGUAUGUGCAAAAUUUCACAACAUUUUACUUUCACAUGUGGCCUACGAGAAAAAGACAAAUAAGUAUCAGUUUUGCUAAAGCACAUCUAGAUGUGUCAUAAGUAUUGCACAUCUAAAUCCUAUGUCAUUGAUCUUACGUGAAGAUUCGUGUGAUAUUUUCUUUUUUUUCUUUUUCUUUGCAUUUUAUGCUUGAUUGUGUCAUUUAGAUAUGCAAUAACUUGUGCACACCUACCUAGACGUGCCAUAGACAAAAGUAUUUUUAAAUAGGCCUUUUUUUGGGGGGGAGGGGGUGGGGGCGGAACUUUGUGCUUUUCUACAGCUUACAAUUAUAUCGUUGAAAACAAAUUUUCAUGGAUCCGUAGUGAACACAUAAAUUUUUCACAGAUUUUAUUUAGAAUUUUUUGAAACUUCUAAACGCGUGCACCAUAACUUCACACUCCAUGGGGAAGGGCCUAAUGCGUGGUAUAUUGAUGACUUGGUGCAGAGUCCCUUCGAUUCCCACACGAGGCUCCUCGGUCACAAGCGUGCCAUUUGGGAUUCCGCAACCUGUUCUCAAUGCGAUCAUAAAUCAGGCAUUGCUAUCCGCUGUAUAUAAAGGCCUCCACCUUUCCCGUAUGGCAAUCGCCCAUUCAACCGAGCAGAGCAAGGAGAAGCUCAAACAGCGAAGGGCAGCAAUGGUGAAAAUACUGGAGAUCGGAGGGGGUCGUCUCGACGCCGAGGAGGACGACGACUGCUGCGAGAUCGACCCCGCCGAGUUCGCCAAGAAGCUGAAUCUCAAAGCAUCAGACGACGACGAUGUGGUCGUUGUUGCGGCCAAAGGCCCGGUGGCCCUUAGGGAUUAUCCGCAUCCAAGGAACUUGUGUGGAAAUUACCCGUUUGAUACAACUCCGAAUGAGAGCCGUUGCUGCAAGUGUUAUUGCUCUUUGUGUGAGGUGCCUGCCUCCAGUUGUCUAGAGUGGAAAGGAACAGAAGGGCACUGCCAUAGUACCAAGUAAUUUCAGAAUUGUUCUACAUGCUUCAGUUGGUCACAACAAACAUCAGAUUGUGAGUUCAUCCUGUAUUUUUCUUGUCAAUAAUGUUAUGUUUGAGCUUUUGA